CCCGGCAAAAAGAGGGACGGAGGUACUCGUGGGUAAAAAAAAAAAAAAAAAAAAAGGGUGAAAAAAAAAAAAAAAAAAAAAAAAAAAAAAAAAAAAAAAAAAAGAGAUUUCUAAUUUAAAAAGAAAAAAAGCAAAGAAAUCAGCAGAGUGGUUCUGCAACUGUCACUGCAUUGUCAGAUGCCUGACCUUAGAAACAUUGAGCAGCUUCUGGAUGAGAAGAAGGAAGAGCUAGAGGCUUUGCACAAGGAGCUUAACAAUAAGCAAGGACAGUCGCGCAAAUUGCAAGAGGAGCUGGAGCAUCAGCGAGGGCAACUGCGUGAAUUGUGUGAGGAGCUAGAGGAUAAGCAAGGAAAAUUAAAGGAAUUGGCCACGUUAACCAAGGAGCUUUGUUAUAAACAAGGGCAAUUGCAUGGAUUGAGUGAGGAGCUGGAAGAUAAGCGAGGGCAUUUACGUAACCUGCAUCAAGAGCUAGAUGAUAAGCAAGGAAAACUACAAGGAUUGCCUGCCGAGCUGGAGCGCACGACUGGAGAAUUAGCUCAGAGGGACAAGGACGCAGAGCUCCGAAAAUUGCACGACCGCCUGGAGGACAAAGACGCACAGAUUGCAAUUCUUCACAAGAAGGUCCAGGAUCACCAGAAGAUGAUUGAAGCUCUGACGAUCAAACUUGACGAGCGUUCCAAUCUCGUUGAGAAGAAGGUCGCCGACUCCGACGAGACGAAGUUCGCCGCCGACUCCGACGAGAGGAAGGUCGCCGACUCCGAGAAGAAGGUCGCCGACUCCGAGAAGCUGGUCGCCGACUCCGACGAAGUGAGUCAUCAUGAUGAAUUCCAGGGUUCUAAGUCAACAGGUCGGAGUCCGUACGAUGCUGGCACAGAGAAACCAUUGCAGGCCAGUCGUCCAGAUCGGAAUGAUCGCGUUGAAAAGUACGGAAAACUGAGAAAAGGUCCUAAUGGUGCUCAGGACGUCCGCAUCCAAGCCAUCGCCCAGCUGAUCAAGCAGUUAGCCAGUGUCUCUAUGUUCAUCCAGAAGAACACACAACAGCGGCCCCUCGUGUCCGGCGGGCCGGAGGCUCCGCGAAGACCACAUAAUGUGGGACCACCACAGUUACAUCCUGGGUCUCCAGGGCGGAGUCUUUGGCAACCUUCCCAGCAAUCUCCGAAGCUCAGUAAUGAUCACUAUAGCGAUUGGAUGUCAGAUUGCCGAUCAAUGCCUACUUCGCGACAAAAGCAAAAAGCAGACGCCGGGUUCUCGGAUAGCACGUGGCCCGGCAUGAAUGACCGGUUCCAGGGGCCUUUAAAAGACCUGUCGCCGCAGCCAACGACCCCUCGGAACUAUGAGGUAAAUGUCCCAAACCAUCCAGUGGUAUCCAGGACUGGAAAAAUGGCGGUGACCCCGGCAUGGGAGCCAAACACAUCAAGUGUGGCAGGGCGGCGGCCAACUGCAGCAGCUACCAGUGUCGAUCAUCAAGAUGGGGGUCUCGGGAGACUCCAGAAAGACAGCAGCACAAGGAUCAUCGGCAACCCAGAUACGAGCAAUGAGCAUGCAACAUUUUCCAGAGGGGCCGUAGAUCACAAGAGAGCAACUCCGUUUCACCUCAUUCCUUCCGCAUUUUCAAAAUCCGAUGGUCGACAGCCAAGGACUACUGUUAGUGGAGACGGCAGUGGCAAUGUGAUACCUCCGAGAGCGUCUCUUUCUCGGAGGCCGAGGCCAUCGGUAUGGGGAGCAAAUGCCGGUGACAAAUUGAGACCUUCAGGGUCAUCUCUUUCUCUCAAGCCCAGCUCAUCAGAAUGGGGUUCGAUAACUGAAAAAUACGCUAACCCUGCACCAAGUAACAGUCACGAACCCCACACCGCAAAUGGCAUAGUAUCGGGAAAAGCCGCUGAGGUCUCUUUAGAGGAUAGUUGGCAGGACUUAGGUGCUAUGGACAUCGGUGGAAGGUCCAUGUACUCAUCUACAGGAGGAUCGCACGAGUUACAUGACAUGGAUGUCUCUACCAAGGGCAGGAAUGACCCGUCCUCAACGGGGGGUGUCAGGCAACCUGGAGAGAGUUUUUCAGCCCUUAGUAGAAGUUCGGUGGAAUCAACAGCAGUCAUUGUCGACCGGGAUCAAUCUCCUUCGCCUGGCGCUGCAGGCUGGGAAGGCGUAGGCGCCUCGGAAUCCUGGUCAUCAUGGGGAGCAAAAGACAGACGUGAGGAACAUCCGGAGACCAAUGGCGGUCCUUUGUAUACCCCACUCACUCAGGCACAAGGUAGCCAAGAGCAGAGCUUUACUGCAACUCCUACCCCGGGGCCCCUAGAUGACAAUAAAAAAGCCUCGGCGAUUGCUUCCAGUGAUCCCCCUUGGCAAAUCGACCAAAGCCCGCCAUGUCAGAGCUUUGCCGAUGCAACUAACUCCAAUCCACAUGCUGCUCAAAGACGUCCGGUAACCAUUCUGAAAGCCACCCAUCAUCUGCCCUUGCCAGGAAACCAAAGCCAAUUUACUAUUAAGAAUCCCCACCCAGACAGUGCGCGAAGAGGUUCGGCGACCGCGGCACAAGAAGUCCAUCACCUGCCUCUGGUGAGCGACCAAAGGGGCCCACGAAGCGAGCGUUUUACCAUGGUAAAUCAUCCCCCCCACCCAGAUGGUACGCGACAAGGUCCGCUGGCCGACACCCAUCAGCUGCCCUUGCCAGGAAACCAAAGCCAAUUUACUGUUAAGAAUCCCCACCCAGACAGUGCGCGAAGAGGUUCGGCGACCGCAGCACAAGAAGUCCAUCGCCUGCCUCUGGCGAGCGACCAAAGGGGCCCACGAAGCGAGAGUUUCACCAUGGUAAAUCAUCCCCCGCACCCAGAUGGUACGCGACAAGGUCCGCUGACCGACACCCAUCAGCUACCCCUGGCAAGCCACCAAUUUGAAAGCGCAUUGUGCGAGAGCUUUACGACUGCACCAUCGUCCCAUCCAGGUAGCAGUCGACGAGAUAUGGCGAGCUUUGUGAGAGAGGCGACUCGUCAGCCUUUGGCAGGCAACCAAAGUCUGCUAACUCAGUUUACCGCAACUCAUCCGCAGGUGGAUAAAACACAAAAAGGAUCCCUGACCUCUCUGGAUUCCGAAGAGAUCAAUCACCUACCUUCGACAGCCAACAAAAGCCCGCGAAACCGUAGUAGUUUUACUACGUCAACUCUUUCCCACCCAGAGCAUACUCGAAGAGGCUUAGUGAGCUCUCCAAGGGAGGUUGAUCACCCACCCCUGCCAGACACCCCCCUAAUUCACCCCUCCACUUCUUACAAGCCAGAACGAAGGACUUCACGGUUCAGCUUUUCGCCAACCUUGCGGAGGAUGCCCUCGCUGUUCAACAGGCGGAAAUCUCAACUGGGUCUUAUAGAUCCUUUUCUAAUGAAGAUGGAUGUGGAUGCCACUAGUAGGCAGCACUCAGGCAACUACUCAAAAGAGUGGCCAUCGCCAGGAGCAGCUGACAAGCUGAAGCCCCAUCAUGGUGCAGACACCACAAUAGCAAGAGGGGAGUUCUCAUCGGAACCCCGAAGAGCAUAUUCUCAUCAAGGCCUUACAGGGACAUUGGGCAAGGAUGGGCAUGAUUCGCCCCAAACAAGUUCACGACAUGGAUCGUCGCAUCACAGCUCACCAUUCUUAAGUAUCAUAGAAAGAAUGCAGGCCACAGGAUCCGCCGCAGAGGAGGAGAGCUCUUCGGAAAAAACCAAGUCACAGACUGGGAGCACAGGUAGCAGACAACGUUUAUCACGACAGAUAGCUGCCGACGAUAAAAAGGCUUUUCUUUCAAGGAUAUUCUCUAAGCUUCAAAAUGCCAUCACAGACAGCAGGCACGGAAUGCAUGGGGAUCUUGAUGAAGAGACAAUCCUGUUCCUUUCCAUGCAGAGCUGAAUGCUAUGUACAUUGUCAGACCCACCAGCACUUGCCUACCGGUGGCCGUUGCCAUAUAUACCUGCUUUUGCGCAGCUGUACCUCAACCAGUUGUGUCUGACAGUUAUGGGACAGGCCUCAAACAAAAAGGCCUCCUUUCU